AUGGCAGAAGGUAAGAAUACAGAUGAAGCUUGGAGAAAAUCUAAGACAGGUGACAGAAAUGAUCUUUUCAAUCCAGAUGCUACUACAAGUUCUGAAGAUUCCAACUCUACAUCUUUAGCAGAUAUUUUCGAUACUGCUUUCACGUCAACAGUGGAUCCUACUCCUCAAAGAUGCCCUGCUGUUACAGAAAUGGAGUAUGAGCAUUUAUUUGCUGAAAGUGAUAUCGAAGAAGCUGAUUCACAAAAUCGCGUAGACUCAUUUGUAAAUCAACCUCAACAUUCAACGUCGUCUAAUAAUCUCGUGUUUGCAUCAUAUAGAUCAUCGUCAACUCCAAUAACUGAUUCACGAUAUUGGCGUGGGGUUCGUGUAAAUAAUUGUAAUAUGUGUAGAACAAGAUCACGAAGAGAUCCAGUAACACAGCCGCUAGAUAAUAUGUGUGAUGAGAGACUCUGUGCUCAUUAUCGUCGUAAGAGAAUAUUAUAUGAUAGAGAAUUACCAACGAAGCAUAAAACCAAGAAAAAUGAACCUCAUAAAGUAGAUAACAAUCAACAAGUCAGUAACUUGAGUAUCGCUGGACCGUCAAGGCUUAUUGAUACUCCAGUUGACUACAGCAUAACCGGGUCAGCCAACCACAUCAUUGAUACAAUAGACGACAACUCCAACAAAGUGACAAGACAAGUAACCAAUGAAAGGUCUUCGUCCCAGUCUAGUGCUGCUUCUACUCAGAUUUUACCAAGCGUUUCUCAUCAAACAACUAGUAAAGAUCAUGAUGAUAUUCCUUCAGCGCCAGAUUUGCAAUUAGAUUGGUCUUCAAGUAGUGAAAGCGAUGACGAAGAUGGAUCAAUUCAAGUUCUUGAGACUGUUAAUUACAGCAAUAAACAAAACACAAAUCAAGACAAUGAACAAAGUGAUCGAACAGUGACUGUUGUGGAUUUAACUGCUGAAUCUGAUGAUGAAAAUCAUAGUCAUUCAACUGCAACGAAUUCCACGUCACCACAAGCUCAAGAGAUUACAUCUCUCAGGAAUAAUUACUGUGUUCACCGGCCACCCGAGCACCCUCGUAUAAUUCCUGGCGGCGUUCCUUAUCACCGAUAUCCAUAUCAAGGGACAAGAAUGCAUCCAAUGUAUCAACGCAUGUGGUAUAUUCAGCAACGUGUACAAGAAACUCAACGGCGUCGACUUUAUCAACGAUCAUCAGUACACACUUGCACUCCACCAAAUGCUCACAUGUAUCAACCAGGUCGAUUUGUAACAGACGAAAAUUCUAGCCCAAGUAGUCUUCCUCAAAUGUGCUGUGCAGCAAAUGAUAGUGGAAAUCACGCAGAUAAUUAUCCUCAGCAUCCUGUUCUACCACCUCCACAACAACCUACAGUAUACAGUCACCCAGAAGCCAGUGGACCUGAGUCUUUAGUAACAAAUAGGACGAGAAUCUUUCCAUCUUCAGGACUGGUGAAUGCAAUGCGUAAUGCUGAAAUGGAAGCUUCUCCACCUGAUCCUAUGCACCCAAUGCCUGUUCAUCAACAUGUGCAUCAUCAUAUGUACCACUGGCCCCCGCCGAUAGGAAGACCUCAUCUUGCUCGUAUGCCACACGUGCAUAUUAUAUCACCACAUAUGCAAAAUAAUGUACCACCUGAUAUGAUACCUACGUAUCCGGUACCUCUGCCGGACUUUGUUUUUCAAACAAGGCAUAUGAAUACAGGCUUUGAAAAUUACAUGCGUAUUGUUGAUUUGCGACGAAUGUCUCACAUAAGUUGUGGUGCCACACAAGAGUCUAUUGAAAACCACACGUUUCCCCACAAAUACAAACGUGUUAAAAAGGUGGAAAAUGGAGAAGAUGCUAUUGAAAAAUGUACAAUAUGUUUAUCGGAAUUUGAGGAUUUUGAAAGUGUCCGAAGACUUCCGUGUAUGCAUUUAUUCCACAUAGACUGCGUGGAUCAAUGGCUAUGUACUAACAAACGAUGUCCAAUUUGUCGGGUCGAUAUUGAAACCUACUUUCAGAAAGAACUUACAGCAACCGUAUAG